AUGUAUUUGCUUCACAGUGCGAAUGAAAUUGUCCGGGUUGCUGAAGCGAGAUUGGUCAGUGCCCAUUUGUCCGUUCGAAACUCGUGUGUGCAGACAUUGUGGCCGUCGCCCUACUUUGAGGUUACUCGGUCGUGCGAACGUAGUUGUGGAAAUCAACACUUGCAUUUGUAUACUAUUUGGAUAGAGGAUAGGCCGCCAAAUAUCAGUGAAGUGUUUUCUUUCAGUGAUGAUUUUCAAUGGUGCCCUGAGGCAACGCCGCAUCGACAGGAAUACUUCUGCUUUGCAUCCAGGUGCACUGAACAAGGAAUCAUCUCGCUAAACGUAGCAGCUGCUACAGAAUCGACAUUUUGUCUUCCCUGUGCAUACGGUCGUUGUUCAAGCCGUAGUAGCAGACUUUGUUCAAAUAAAGUGGUGUUAUCGAGUAAAACCCUACUGGAUUUGAUAAUUUUUGCGGAGGUGCGGGGGAGUGUUGAAGCCUGCAAAGGAGACGGGGUGAAACAACUGCGACUGGUUGGUCCUUUCGAAUGUCGUGUAAUUGAGCCGCAGCAAUUCUCGCUUCGUGAUUGCUGGCGGGCCGUUUCAAAUUCGGAUUGUGCCACUGUCUUCUUUGGUGUCAAUUUAACCGACGAUCAUAAGAAGGGCGUUGUUUUCAAUCGUCUUCACAAGAACUGCAAGUAUGGUCGACGGAGCACGAUGGCGUGGAGAUUUUUGAAGUGCAGGCUGAAGUUAAGUUUGCAAGCUAAGGCAAAUACGAUUGGUCCCAGCACCUUACCUGUGAUGGAUUCGCUAGUGGAGUGA